AUGGGAUUCAGAUCGCUUGUUUCGCUCGGCUUUGUGCUCAUCCCCGUGGCAGUCACCAUCAGUGUGCUGCUCGGACUGCAGGCAUAUCGCGAGUCCCAAGGAUUGAACCCCAACCCCUUCGUGAGCGCGAGCAACAAGAUCAGGUCGAAGAAUUACUGCCAGAGAGCAUUUGGUAUUACGCCUUUCACGAAUGGCCAGGAGUACACGUUAAAUCCGAAUCAGUGGGCGCUCCCAGAAGAUUACGACGGACCUGGAGGUUUGUGUAUGAACGUGAGUAGUGACAAUGGAACUUAUCCCACCAAGACAACCGCUGCACAGUGGUCAAUCACAUGGCAAUAUCCUCGAGGUCCCCCAACCCAACCUGUGCACGCCUUUCCCAACAUCAAAGUGGACACAGAUACCUUUCCCGUUGAGAUUUCGAAGGUAACAGCAAUCAACUUCGAGACAGAAUGGUAUUACGGGGUUGGUGACGAGAGGCCGGAAAUCGUCGACAUCGCCGCCCUGACCGAGGUCCAGUUGGACGCCAAUGUGGCUGUCGACAUGUUCUUGGACUCGGAUCCCGACAAAGCCAUAGACACCACACAAGCUAAGUACGAAGUGAUGAUCUGGCUGGGCCAGUAUGGGGCUUCCACACAGCAGAUUGGUCUGGAAGAAGGCGUCGUUACGACUCAGAUUGUCAACGGGACGACCUUCAGUCUAUACACCGGUGUCAAUGGUCUCAACCAGAAUGUCUUAACGUGGGUUGCGAGCGACGCCGCGACCGGUCAUACCAACUUCUUUGCCGAUCUGGGUCCAUUGCUACAGGGUUUGACAGGGAUUGGUGGGCCCACGGUGAAUGAUUACCUCGGGUAUAUUGCGUUCGGCUCUGAGGCAUACGAUUCGGCGUCAAAUGUCACGUUCUACAACAAGCAUUUGUCCCUGGAUCUGGUGACUGUAUAA